GCGCGAUCGCGCCUUCGGAAAGAUUACACGUGCGCGCUUGCGCGCACGUAAAAACGGCCCGCGAGCUUGCGAGCGGCCGUUUUGAUAAAAUUUUAAGUACAACUAAUAAGUGCAUAAUCAUGUAACUAAGGUAUGUUAUUUUAUCGAGAAAUGAAGAAGCAUCUUCCAUCCACUUCUAAGGGCGUACGCACAACAUGUCCUAUUACGACAUAGAUGCGAUACUUACUGAUGCUGAAAAAGUUCCUUGUAAAUUCGAGCUCGAGGUACCCGAACUCGGUUAUCUCGACAACAACCCUUCGCAACCGUUAAAGACCGGCACCUCGGUCGGCCUGCCGCUAUGGCUUGCCGAACCUCUUGCUCUCACGAGUAGGUCGCCAGGCAGUUCAGAAGAAGGUUCAAGUUCGUUUGUCUCCCUCGACCUCCCUUCUUCGCUAUCCAAUGAGGUCAUGUCUGCCUUAAAAGCCGAUCCCCGAGCCGUACCCCUCCGCGACCAAUCCCAGAAUUUCUACGGCCUCGGAACCCGCAUGCUCGAUGUCUUCGAAGAAGGGGAGAUAUGUGCAAUCCUCCGGAAAACCUUCGUUACGAGAGCCACUGAUAUCGCCCUCCACGCUAGGAAAGCUGGCGCCACCGAAGAUAUGGGCGUCGGCACUGGUGAAGAAUUCUUGAGAGGGUUAGAAGAAUGGGAGAGGAAGCUGUUUAGGAAAGCUCAUGAGGGUACUAAAGGGGCUAAAGAAUGGAUGGAACGCGUUAAGAAGCAUUGAUGGUCUAACCAGUUUUCUCCAAUGUACGAUGGCACAGUGGAAUGUUAUCUACUUGGAUAGAUUGCAAGAUGGCUUCUAUUACGUGAAACUAUUGGUAUGAUUAUUAUGAUAUUUGUAACAUCACCAUCUUGUGGUCAGUACCAUAUCAACUUGGCUAUAGGGAGGCCUAAAUAUCAUAUAUAUCGUACGUUCGACAAUUGUCUUUUACUAGGUAGAAUAACCGAAAUCACCAGGUAAGUAAGUGUUGUGAUGUAGAUUCAGUAUUAAUUUAAU